AUGGCUUCCGACAACGAGUCGUCGGAACUCUCUUCCCUUUCGUCACUGUCGCCGGCGCCAUCAGACGACGAGCUCGAAGUACCCAGCGAUCUUGAGGAGCCAAAGCCCACCAAAAAGGAAAAGGAGGGUGGAAUCCUCAGCUAUUUCCCCAAGGCGUCAGAGGCAUCAACCAAGGAGCCGUCACCACCACCACAGAAGCGCUCGCCAUCGCCAGAACAUGAAUAUGUCCUAGCAGACAAUCCUGAAAUUGCAUUCAUCGUCAUGUUCAGGAGCCGGUUCAGCGACGCGUUUCCGAAAUCACUCCCCCAUUUUGGCCCUCAGGACCUCGAGAGAGACGUUGUCCAAGGGAUUCCUGGUGAUCGCGUUGAGCAAUUCCUUUGCGCCUUACUCGGCCUGCUCCUCAACAGGAAACAAGACGUCAAGUCCGGUCAUUACGGCAGAGCCCUCGAGGAUGCGAUCACAACCCAUAAGAGCGAAUGGCCACCAUCGUGGGAAGGAAAGAACCCGUUGUCUGGCGGCAAGAACUUCAACACAAUGGAUCCCACCGAAAGGCUGACGCUGCUGCGGAAUCUGAUUCUUUGGACGAUGUCGUCCUCCGAGGCAGUCAAGACCCUGAUCAACCAAUCUUAUAAGCAAAAUCGACACGAAGACGACCUGAAUCAGCCGCGCUCGGUACAGCCAUGGGGCACGGAUGGCGAGAAGCGACGAUAUUUCCUCAUUGAGGGGCAGGAUGACACGGCGUUUCGCGUUUACCGCGAGAGCAAUGCGCUUGGCAAAAAUCGCACCUGGUGGAGCGUCGCAGGGAGCAUGGAAGACCUGACAGCCCUUUCCCACAAGCUGGAGGCCAAGGAUGGCGGUCCCAAGGCGAAGAAGUUUGCGCAGAAGAUACGCAUCGCUAUGACACGCUUCGAGGCAGGAGAAGAGAAACGCCGCCGUCGCGAGUACCGACAGAUGCAAAAAGAACGCUUCAAGCGCCCCGAACCUGGCUUUUCCAUGUACGAGGGACGCACCCGCGGAAAGCGCAUUAAGUACACGUACUCGGACGACGAGGACUUUACCUUCUCGGAUUCUACGAAUCGCCGCUCAGCUCGCAAUACGGGAGCUAGCACACCUGCCGAAGUUGGGCCCGUCACAACUUCCAGGGGGAGGCAGAUCAGGGCACCUCCGCGGCUGAAUGCCGCCACCAGUGAGGACAGCGCCGCUGAUAGCAUCCAGGGUGAUGCCUCCGAGUUCGACAAAGAGGACUCCAACGGUCCUACAGGACGCCCCAGGAGAUCGGCAGCCAGGAAUAACGGCAGCAACGGGUGGGUCGAUGCGGGCCCAAGGUCACGUCGCAACACUUCGGCCGGCUCCGAUGAAGACGAUGUCAGUCAGGGCGAGUUUGGGGAUGACGAGGAAGACGACGCCGCCGAUGAGCACAUCCCCGAAGAAGAAGAUGAGGAUGAGGAAGAGUUCGAUGAGGACGUGCCUAUGCUAGACGAUGAAUUGGACAACGACGUCCAACGUCACCAGAGCCUCGUCGUUACGCUUGAGGUCACGCCGCCAAAGCUCAAGACGGCUCUAUUUUCUACAGUUUCAACGGCCACGGAACCGCGUCCAUCGGAUUUGAAGACAGCUGAAGUAAAGGGGGGGGAUGUUUCUCCGGCUCCUGAAACCAUGGCCGUGGAUGACCGCAAGGACAAGAUACCCGAACAUUCAGCGAGCCCAACGGAACCUUUGGUUGAGAGGUCGGAGAACCUCACAUCGACCCCCCUCGCCUUCAGGGGCAGUCCGGAGAAAGUGCAGGAGCAGCAGCCUGUAGCUCCGCCAGGACAAGUUUGCAAUGGAGAUUAG